UCUCUGGGUAUUUGUGGGUUUUAAGGAGUUUAGAUGAAAAAAUUAAACACAAAUUAUAGUAAUGGGAUUUUUAAAGGCAGCUGAUUGUGGUCUUGUCUUUAACUACAAGUGUGCCAAAAGGAAAUAAAAAUCAUCAUACACAUAGCCUAAUAUUCAUGGCAAUCUGGAGAAUUAACCGGAGCAGGUUUUUAUUCUGAAUGAAUGGAUUAGCCUAAGACUUUGCACACUUUUUUUUGGUCGCUCAUAGUUAAAAAAUUCCUGAGUAAUUUGGACUCAUGAACGCAUAUCUCUAAGAUCAUAUCUAUGGCCUGUGAUUAGUCUGUCUUAUGUAGCCCAGUGUCUCACACACACACACACACACACACACACACACACAGAGACGCGGAGAAGGUUUAAAGAAACAAAGGCGGACUGAACUCCACCCAUUCCUCGUCACUCUCAACCUUUCGCAGGUGUCGCAUCCACAUUCUUUCUACUUUCUCAGUUGAGAAUUAAGGUGAUUCCCACAAACGCUCACGAACACACAGUAGGCUACUGCUGUCUGUCACUUCCCGGAUCCAGCGUGUCCAAGUUACUGUGGAAAGUUUCUGAAGUGUGUUGCUGGAGGGAGGGACGGAGGGGGAGCUCUGUGAGCCAACAGCGGCGCCGCUGCACUCACACACGGAUCAGUUCGGGGUUUGAGCUCCGGGAUGUCGGCCGUGAAGGCGCUGCAGCAGUGGUGCCGGGUCCGGUGUGAGGGUUACCGGGAUGUGUCCAUCACAAACAUGACCACGUCCUUCAGGGACGGCCUGGCUUUUUGCGCCCUCAUCCACAAACACAGACCCGAUCUCAUCAACUUUGAUUCACUGAAGAAGGAAAAUGUCUUUGAGAACAACAAGCUGGUAAGACACGCUUACAUUCUGCAUUUUGACCUCUGAAUGUUUUGAAUUUUUUGUCCUGAAAAACUUAUGUUUCCCACACACAAAGGGUUUCAGUAAAGUAGAUUUCUUAAUCCUGAUCCAUGCUGACAUUAGCAGUUAGCU